GCCGGGGAAGAUGGUGGAUGACAAGGAUUCUCUGCCCAAGCUUAAGGACCUGUCAUUCCUCAAGAACCAGCUGGAACACCUGCAGCAGUGUGUGGAAGAAGUCAGCAGCGGGAUGUGCCAGGAUGGCUCGCUCUUGUCCUCCCCAUUCCUCAAGGGCUUCUUAGCCGGCUAUGUGGUGGCCAAACUGAGGGCAUCAGCAGUAUUGGGCUUUGCUGUGGGUACCUGCACUGGCAUCUAUGCAGCCCAGGCAUAUGCCGUGCCCAAUGUGAAGAAGACAUUGAGGGACUAUCUUCAGUCAUUGCAAAAGGGGCUGACUAGCUCUGGAUCCCAUGGGGGAGAAAGGAUGAGCACCGCUGGCCUGCAGGUAGAGGCCUUUCAACCACAGACACCAUAUUUGGCUUCCCGACCUAUCACCCACCCUUUUGCUAUCUCCAACUUGCCCACAGCCUUCAUCCUUGCUUUCCUUCCUACAGAGAGUAAACGGCAGCUUAUCAGCCAGCAGUUUGGAUGCCCCUCCUUAACCCCAUGGGACUGACCCCAAAACUGUGGCUUCUAGAGCCACCAGCCCCUUUCUUUUCCAUCCCUGACUGGAGUUUGCUGCUGACUGUGAUUCUCAGUAUACUCUCUAGCAGUGUGCCACAGCUCCUCCCUCCGGGGAGCUGGCUCCAUACGGAUUUUCCCCAAACUUGAUACAAUUCCCA